CCCCGCCGCAUUUGGCGGCCGCCGCCGCGGAGCAGGGCGCGGGGGGGGAUGAUGGAUCCGCGGCUGCGGCUGCUGACGCCCCGCGCCCGCCUGCCCGCCGUCAAUGGAGGAGGACGCUGAGACCCGCAAGAUCAGCAGCAGUUUCCUGCGAGACCACAGCUAUGCCACGGAAGCUGACAUCAUCUCCACAGUCGAGUUCAACCACACUGGGGAGCUGCUGGCCACGGGGGACAAGGGCGGCCGCGUUGUGAUAUUCCAGCGUGAGCAGGAGAGCAAGAACCAGCCCCACCGCAGGGGAGAGUACAAUGUCUACAGCACCUUCCAGAGCCACGAGCCCGAGUUCGAUUACCUGAAGAGCCUGGAGAUCGAGGAGAAGAUCAACAAGAUCCGAUGGCUGCCGCAGCAGAACGCGGCCUAUUUCCUGCUCUCCACCAACGAUAAGACAGUGAAGCUAUGGAAGGUCAGCGAGCGGGACAAGAGGCCGGAGGGCUACAACCUCAAGGACGAGGAUGGCCGACUGCGAGACCCCUCCAUGAUCACCGUGCUGCGGGUGCCCGUGCUGCGGCCCAUGGACCUGAUGGUGGAGGCCACUCCCCGCAGGGUGUUUGCCAACGCGCACACCUACCACAUCAACUCCAUCUCCGUCAACAGCGACUACGAGACGUACAUGUCAGCGGAUGACCUGAGGAUAAACCUGUGGAACUUUGAAAUCACAAAUCAAAGUUUUAACAUCGUGGACAUCAAACCGGCCAACAUGGAGGAGCUGACGGAGGUGAUCACGGCGGCCGAGUUCCACCCGCACCACUGCAACACCUUCGUGUACAGCAGCAGCAAGGGCACCAUCCGCCUGUGCGACAUGCGCACCGCGGCGCUCUGCGACCGCCACGCCAAGUUUUUUGAAGAGCCUGAGGACCCAAGUAACCGGUCAUUUUUUUCUGAGAUCAUCUCCUCAAUCUCUGAUGUGAAAUUCAGCCACAGUGGAAGGUACAUCAUGACCCGGGACUACCUCACUGUCAAGGUGUGGGACCUGAACAUGGAGAACCGGCCCAUCGAGACCUACCAGGUCCACGACUACCUGCGGAGCAAGCUGUGCUCGCUCUACGAGAACGACUGCAUCUUCGACAAGUUUGAGUGCGUCUGGAACGGCUCUGACAGUGUCAUCAUGACCGGCUCCUACAACAACUUCUUCCGCAUGUUCGACCGCAACACCAAGCGCGACGUGACGCUGGAGGCGUCGCGGGAGAACAGCAAACCCCGUGCCAUCCUCAAGCCCCGCAAGGUCUGCGUGGGUGGGAAGCGCAGGAAAGAUGAGAUCAGUGUGGACAGUCUGGACUUUAGCAAAAAGAUCCUGCACACAGCUUGGCACCCCUCCGAGAACAUCAUCGCUGUGGCAGCCACGAACAACCUGUACAUAUUCCAGGACAAGGUUAACUAGGAGGACCAGGUCUUCUUUAGGAGUCUCACGUACUGAUACCAGUAAACACGACGUUUCAACUGUUCCUUUUCUUUUUCUUUCUGUCUUUCUUUCUUCCUCUCUUUGUUUUUCCUUUCCCUCCUGUUCUUUGUUCAGUUCCUGCUCUGCAGAUCGCGGUUGUGCAGAGGAGCGCUGGGGCACUCCGGCCCAGGGGCCACUGGGGGCACCCCCAGACACCAGAUUUACACAGGGAGAGCUGAGACUUCUUACAGGGCAGAGUGAGGAUGCCAGGCCUGGCUGUCCCCGUCCCCAGGCACGUCCGUCCCCCUGCAGUGCUGGGGUGGCAGCCGCCGAUGGCUGAGGAGGUGAUGGGGAGGGGGCGGUCAGCUGGGAAGGGAUUGAUGGGGUAACACACCAGGGACUCUGGCCAGCUCUGGUGGCAGUGGUCCCACUCCAAUUGCUUUCAACCUGAUCCCAGAAAUAUUCCACCUGUUGUGUGGAAGAUUAGCAUGUUGCCUCCCUUUGCCAUUUUCCACAUUUGUCUUUUUAUUACAAUUAUUUUGUUUUACUAACAGAGACAGCAAAACCAAACGUAAAAUGGAAAAGUUCAGUUUUGCAAAGGACAAGCUUAAGGGGCAGGGGGGAUGUGCUGCACCUCCAGCUGUGUCUGCUCCAGCCAGGUUGCCCCCCCAGCCCCAGAACCCUCCUGAGGAUUUGGCUUUGUAGAUACUGUGGUGCCUUCUUUGGUAUAUGAAAUACCUUUAUAAAUGAUGCUUCCGACCUGCAUUGAUCGCAAACCAAACCAACCCUGGGCUCUGCUGCAGUUCUGGGCUUUGCUUUGGUCAUUUUUCUCAUUCUGUUGUGAGCUCUUGCAUGUUGUGACUGUCUCUCUCUCUUUCUCUCUCUCUUUCUCUCUUUUUUAAUUAAUUUAUUUAUUUAUUCAAUUUUUUUAAGAUAAAGUAUAAGUUGCUAAUUUAUGACCUAAAAAAAAUCCAACUGUAUAUUGCUGUUAGCCCCUGACUGUGUCAGAGAGAGGCUGUCUGCAGUCCUACAUUAUAAUAACAAUGAUAAUAAUAAUAAAACCGGUAACUCUU